AUUGGAGUUUCAAUUUCAAAGAGUCAAUAAAUUAUCACUUGGACAUGUUAAACCUUCAGAAAUCCAGAAUAAUCAUUCAGAAAUAACUGGUCAAGAAACAAGUUUUCAGUCUGAUUUUGAAGUUGGGGAUUACAUUAUCAUUGGGAAUGAAAAAAAACUUAUUAUUGAAAUUAUUUCUAACGAUCGCUUAAAAAUUGAAGAUUGUUUCUCUGAUAAUAUUCUAAAUAAGUGGCAUCCUUUUAAAAUUUGGCCUAAAACAAAACUUAAUAGAUUAAUUGACAUUUAUGCUGAUACGUAUGAAAAGUUUCCAAUCAAUCCAUGUAUUGAUAAUGGAAAAAACAAAGCACCAAAACUAUUUAUAUUUCUGGAUUGUGAGCAAGCUCUGAGUUAUAAAGAAAAUUUUGAAAGAUAUAUUAUUAAUAUGCUAGAUAGAGUAAAGAUAUCAACUCAAAAACCUGCCAUUCUAUUGAGUCGAUUUAAAAUUAAUGUUGAACAUUAUCAAGAUCUAUUUGAUAAUUCGAUUAUUAGACAAAAUGCAUCCCAAAUUCAGCUUGGUGAAUGGAUAAUUCAGCUAUGCUGUUUAGUACCUAUUCAAAUAGCAAUUGCUAGAGAAAACAAAUUAAUUCCACUUUAUAAUGGUCUUGAUGCACCUGAAAAUUACAUUAUAAAUAAUGAAGAUGAAGAUGAAGAUCAAACAGAAAAAAUAAGCUAUAAAAUAUCAUUUGGAUGGUAUGAAGGGAUUUUUAAAUAUUAUGACGAUCGAAAGAUUAAAGCAGUAUCCUCAAUGGGUGAACAGAGCUGUGGAAAAUCAUAUUUGAUGAAUCAUCUUGUAGGAACAAACUUUGAUGGAUCAGCAAUGCGAUGUACGGAAGGUGCAUGGAUGUCGUUAUCUAUCACAGAAGAUGUUAUUUAUGUGGCAUUAGAUUUUGAAGGAAUAGGAUCUUCAGAACGUCAUCCGCAAGAAG